AUUCCAUACGCCUUCUCCGUCUUCUUAGUAAACUGUUUCCAGCCCAGUGGGCGCUGGAGCCUUUUGAUCCUGCCCGGUCAGAUUUCCUUUGGAAAAGGGGGCCAAAGGAAAGACAUCAAAGACUUUGGGGAGGGGAGUAUCCAGGAUUUCUAGUUCCCAAGUAAAGCCUUCAUUCAGACAGUAUCGAUGCGCGCUCCCCGAAUAUGAGAAAAUACAGAGCAGGACUCACUUAGAUGCUCUUCAAAUCCUUGGUUAUGGAUUACUUGGUUCAUCCUGGUGCACUCAGCUUGGCUGCCGGCGUUGCGUGUGGCAUGUGCCUGGGAUGGGGCCUCCACGUACGCUUUGGGAUGAUCCCCAAAAGCUCAGUGAAGAAAGCGGACACAGACACUGGGGAUGAAGCCAGCAUCUUAGGAGAGAGUGGGGAAUACAAAAUGAUUCUUGUGGUUCGAAAUGACUUAAAGAUGGGAAAAGGGAAAGUGGCUGCUCAGUGCUCUCAUGCUGCUGUUUCUGCCUACAAGCAAAUUCAAAGGAGAAACCCUGAAUUGCUCCAAGAAUGGGAAUACUGUGGCCAGCCCAAAGUGGUAGUCAAAGCCCCUGAUGAAGAAACCCUGGUUGAAUUACUGACCCAUGCCAAAAUGCUGGGACUGACUGUAAGUUUAAUUCAAGAUGCUGGACGUACUCAGAUUGCACCAGGCUCCCGGACCGUCCUAGGAAUUGGGCCAGGACCAGCAGACCUAAUUGACAAAGUCACUGGUCACCUAAAACUUUACUAAAUGGAAUUCUGUAUGAUGAUCCCUCCAUGCCAAGUCAAAUUCUAACAAUAAAAGUUAGUUUGUUCCCCCAACUUUAGUAUUCUUGAGAUCAAAAUAAAAUCCCAUUCCUAUGUUUUUCUAUCA